GUCCUGCCGCAUUGCUUGAGCCGUCCAUGAUAGUGAGGCCCAGAUCAAGAGCUGCACCCACACCAAUAACAUCAUGCCUCCUGGCUCAAAUAGCCAAUGCCUAGGCCUCCGAGACAUUGGCCAGGGGGAAAUGGCGCUCGAGAGCUACUGGGCUCAUCGAGGGAAGCCUAAGAACAGCGAAACCGACUGUAAACCAUACAGGUAAUAUACGGAACGCCUCGAAUAUGACGCGCGACAGACGCUUGGCGUCGCGAUUUGAAAGUUUGGAGGAGACGAAAUCCUCACGAAUUCUUGGUGACGGUUAUUUCCUGUCAUCAUCGCGCCACAUGUGGCUAGCGUGCUGUGGCGGUUCGUGAACUGUGGUCCAAUCAGGUACCGUGCUUAACGCAGGCUCUUUCCCAAACAGAGUCUCCACGAAGUCGAAUGUCUUAAGAGCUUCGACAGACCUGGAGGUUAUUCUUUAUGACUCUAAUCUCAUAACAGAUUAUCUUUACUUCGCUUCUAUGUAGGUCAACAGUGCUUGCAUUAUCAUACUCAAUUUGAUCAUGGUAGCCUCGUCCCUUCCUAUCUAUCAGUCAUCAAAAUCACCUUCCUUGUCAUUCGUCAGUACUAUAACACACCCCGAAUUUCGAUGCAACACAAACACUAAGGUAACGACGAGCCAACAACAUCAUUCAGAAGCAGAAAACUCUCUCUCAGCACUAGUUGCCACAUCUUCACCUCUCUUAGCUCCUUUGUUUCGACGCCUUCUCCGAAGACUUAAUCUCACUAAAUCACAACCAAAAUACGCGAAGCCCACUCAAGUUUAUGCCAAGAUAAAAGGUCACGAUGAGAACACCAUAUGUGUGCCAGCGCGUCACAUCCCUGGCGCUAAGGCGAGAACAGGGAGGGUCCCUUGGAUGAACGUCACUGUUGAUCUAACCAAAUUGAAGCGUCAAGCGGCAAUCAGCCAGCCGUCUGAAGCGCUGGCUGUAACUCAACGUUGGUUAUGCCUUGAACUGCUCAGGCGACAAACGUUAAACGCGUUUCGAGUCAUCGAAUCGUUAUUUCUCAUCACACCAUCACGCACAAUAGAAUCUCAAGCGCAGUUUGGCUGGCGUUGGCCCCAUUCGUCCGUGAUCACUCGCUGGUGAACUUUCUGGACCUCAAUACCCAAGGCGCCUAGGGAUCGAAACAUGCGCUUGUCCUGUCUGUGCUCGGGGAAACAGAAUCAGAUCAGUCCCCACUUGAGUUCCUUUGAAGAUCCUCUGCUACAGGAUAGAUUCAUUGUCAACGGCAAGCCACGCGGACUGCUAGUGACUCCUAGCGCGUCAUCGGGAUCUUCUUUUCCGCUGAGUCUUGACCUAAGCUAUAUCUGGUUACUAUAGCAAGCCAAGGACCCUGGAGAUGCGAUGAGCAGUGAGGUCCGACAUGAACGUUCAGCUGCGCUCACUCUCAAAUUACCUUGCUUCUAGUCCGGCAACACUGCUGCAUUGUUCCGUCUCCGCCAUACAGUCCCUAUGGUAUGACUUCACUGUUAGAAAAAGAACCCAGAAUCGGUAAUUUGCACAGCUUCCUGUUGCAACUCCACGACAUCUUGUUGUUCCACUGCCAUAGCGCAUUUCAACGACUGUUACAUUCUUACUCGGCUCUUUUUAAGAGUGCAAUAUAAUCUGCAGGAGUAUCAUGUUGAACAAUCGCUGGUCCUUCCAACAAUGGAAACGUGGAAGUACCCUCACCACGUUUCUUUAAGUCCCUAUGGUCUUGUCAGGGAGCCAGAUCAACCAUAUCCUUAAUUGGCAGGUCGAAAUACCGAAUCAGAACAACUGAAAAAUCGGGGUUUGCUGCCUUGACAAGCCUUCACAUUCUGAAUUGGAGAGCUUCGUCCUCCCAGUCUUGACAUACUUCUCAAGACCCGCUUGCUUCUACUGCCACGACUCCGAGUGGUUUGACUUCUGCCAUUUUUGGUAAGAUUCUCUCUUGGGUUUCUAUUCCCCCAAGAUAAAUCUCUACAAUACUUUCACUGCCAUAUUUCAUCCUAUUUCAACUGCGGCGGUCAAGCAAAGGCAGGCCGUUAGCCAGUUAUCGGUCUCGUCUGAGGCUUGACAUUGCCGAACUGUCAAACGGCGUGAUCUGCAUCGGGGGGCUAGAAACCUGGAUCCCUGGCGGCUAGGUUAAGGGUGUCCGCGAACGGGGCCACUAGUUUAGGCUCGAGGAGGCCCUGUCAAGCUUGUCUCGACACCCUCCCGGCUUCCGAGGGCACCCUGAAUCCUUGCCAACCUGAACCCAGUUACAUGCAAGUUGCAGCGAGAAUCAAAUUUACUUGAAGCGCAAUUUUCCAAACUGUCGGGUCUACACAAGGACAAGUUUGUCAAUACGAGCUAUGUGUUGUCUCACUCACGCUCCGCCCCCUUUCUCAGUCUUUCCAGGUCUUUCGCAUUCCCCCCUUGCUUUCGUGGCAGCGAAACACGCCAUCUUGUCAAUUCUAAAAUCGCCAAUCUUAAGAGCACCCAACCAGAUGUUAUCUCAAAAGUCUGACCCCAGAUUUUGUGUGAAGCCACUCAUGUCACUUGACUUCCCGCCCGCCCAUACAAUUACCUCUCAAACUUGGCAAUAUCUUCGGAAGCAGUGAAGACAUAGAUAGAUACUACAAGAGCAUUGGGGAGACGUGAUACGACGCAGAAUUCCUUCUUAUACAAAGAUGUCGGGUUCUUUACGAAGCUCUAUCUUGAACAAUUCCUUGGGGUAUAUGAAAGGACUCUUAUAUGGAAAAUACAAAAAAAUGAGGGGCUCUUCGUUGAGAAGAUGAAGUUGUCUAUAAUGCCAUUCCCGAAAAUGAGUCAGAAGUUUUCUGUUUUCACGACCCUCUGCGUCCUCCAUACAUCGUCUGUGUUGGACUCAAUCUCAUCAAGGGUUGCAUGCGAUUGUUUUGUGGUGGCAUUGCUCCCGGUUCCAUCUUCAUUUGUUGGUCCCACAUAUGUGCGCUCAUCAUGUGGCCUCCAGGGCCAUCUUCUUCCAUCUUGAUAUUGGGAAGGCCAUGCACCUGGUUAAUAACCUCAUCUUCAUGAGUGUUGUGGGAUCCGACGCUCAUCAUCUCGUCGUGCUCAUCACCGCGGCCAGUGCGCUUCCUUGUUUGAACCGACUUGCGUCGUCUUCUGAUAUUGAGAUCCCCAUGGGACUCCAUGUAAAUCCCCUCCUCGAGCUUUAGAUCGUUGACAACUUUGACUUCUAUGUCGCUGGCAUUCAAUCGCAUAUUUCGGGAACCCCCUAAUUCGUGAAAGGUGUCAAGCAUCAUCUGAUAACGACUCUUCUCGACGAUCUUAUAAGCCUCUCGAAGCAAGUCCUCCUUAAAAUAAUAACCACUCAAUGUACUUGGACCGGCCUCGUUUGAAUUUCAUCUGAAGCAUUUCCUUACCGGGGCACUUCUGGAAACGACUCUUAUAGUCGCUCUGGAUGCUCUCCCACAUAUCCUGACCCUUUUGGUUGCGGUGCUCCCAGCGAGAUUCGAAUAUGCAGCGCUCCUCAUCGGGACAGGUACUCUUGAGUGUUGGCGGGACCUCUUCUCCAAAGCAGUUCUUGUGCUCGUCGACAGGCUCUUCAGCAGCUGCACUUCUAGAGGCUCCUGACCUCUUGGUUGUGCGCUUUUUGACGCGGCCAGGGGCGUGUAAGGCAGAUCUUCGACGAGGGGAUCCAGUCAUGGAGCGUGGAACAUCUGAAGGUAAUCCGUGCAGUCCUGUCUCUUCUGGGCUUCUUCGGCGGUACUGGGGUGGAUGAUGCUCGGCCAGAAGAGGGGCAGGCGCCAUUUCGCGAUGAUGCAUGCCCAUUGGAAUAUGAUGAUUGUCCCUCAUCAUCAUGUGGUCUUGGUGCUCAACUGGAGGCGCCAUAUUGACGUAAUAAGGGUUGCUCAUAGGUUGCGGUUCUGGUCCGUUUGAGACACCAAAAGCUCCCAUAUAGGGCUCUGGGGGCCCUGGGGUUCGACGUCCAUCGUGGACAUAAUUGGCAUGAAGGAAUUCCCCUCCAGCGACCGGAGCUUGAGAGGUCAUGGGCGAACUCGCUUGUGGGGAUUGACUAUUAACGUCAAAUUGUCCUGCCCACUGCUGCUGAUGAUACAUUCUGGAACUCCCAGGAGGGCUAGGGUGUUGAUUAGGUGUGCUUGGAGGCGGAGGAUAUUGUGAUGCAAUUUUUGACACGCCGUGCAAAGGAGGAGAUCCCACGACUGAGAUAGGAGUUAAGAGGUUUGGAUCGCACUGGCCAGAAAUGCUGUUGAAAGGUGAAGAAACCUGCAAGAACAAGCGUCAGUUUUACAAAAGGACUAUUGGGGGCAGAGCUUCGGAUCUAUGACAGCGCUAUAAAAGGCUCUGCCAAGUUCACGUCCACUUCGGAUGAAGCUCGACUUACAGAUGAGUAGGAUGUCAGAUCGUGGUAAGGGGAAGUCUCAGUUGUUGGAAUUGAGUCCUGCAGACUGGGAGCUCCCGAAAGACCAUCCGGCUGGGGUAGACCUGGGGCAAUAUACUGCUGCUCGACCAUGAUCAUGUGGGUAUCAAAUUGGAGGAUUGGACAAUCGCAGUCCAAAUCGGUUGGUUUAUGUUAUAGGCGGGGCUGAAUAACAGAAAUGGGUGCUUCUGUGAGUGGUGGGGAGCUGUUGAUGCUGUGGCUGCAAGUUCAAGAUUCAGACCGAUACUGAUAAUGGCACAUUUAUGACCAGAAACCAAGAUACUUCAAGAAGGCAUCAAGACCUGGCGAGGCAGAUAUGGAAGAACGAGAUGCAAGACGAUUCAGCCUUUUCUGGCCGCGGCCGCUUUUUGAAGACCUGGGGGGUCAGAGAUCGAGGCCAAAAGAGUGCAAGGGCAGGAAGGAGGAGUUGAAGGGAAACAGAGCCUUGUGGGGUCACAGACGGGCCGGCCGCGUUGUAUAAAUGGUGUUUGGAGAUGAAGAGCAGUGGAGUGCAGAUCGUUGGAGUGUAUGUAGGUUUGGUGUACAUGGAGGUCAGCCUGAGAGACAGCAGUAACGAAGUACCAGGACAUUUUUGAGAGCCGUUCUUUUGGCAAGCCCAGGAAGAUAUGGACGAGCCAGAGACAGGCCUCGGUGCCAGGGGCAAAUGGGGGAAGGACUGGGGGUGUCGAGCAGAGGGAUCAAGCCCCAAGUACAGUAUGGGUACGGCCUGGCAUUGCCUUGAACCUAGGAAGUGGAGGGCUUAAGCUGUGAGGGCUCGGGGCUCAAUAUCCUCCGUCAUGCCAAGGUACUGGAGCUGUCGUGCAUAACAAUAGCCGCCGAGGGGUCUAAAGCAGCGAACGAAACGGGCUGGAAAUAGAGAAAGGCUAAGGGCAGAACAGAGGACGUGCAUGGACGUGCAUGGUAUGCCCGUGGAGAUGACACUGGGAUGGCUUAAAGGAUGGAGGGGAAUCAUCGCGACCAUCGCGGCUUCAAGGGCGUGUGUGGGAGUGGGAGUGGUGUUGAAUUUGGCUUUUACUUUGGCUUGGAUAUGGGCGUGGGCAUGUAAAACGAAUGAAUAUGGGGCGGGGGGUGUUGGUUUGGGGGUGUUCUGCCAUCCCUCCAUCCCUCCAUCCAUCACAUCCAGCUUCAGUGUGUACAUUAUGGGUGUGAGACGAUGAGAUGGUAUGGGAAAAUGGAUUGAAAACAACACCGAAAAGAGUCGGAUGUUUCUUCGGACGCUUCCUCGAUUUCACCAGGCCGUCACUCUUUCGUCAGUCAGGGAUGCUUGGAACUUUUUCCACCAGGCAAAUCCCCCUUCACACGACCACCGCCUCGCAUAUCCGGUCUGGAGCAGUCUUCUAUCCGACAGUCUGGAUAGAGUAUGUAAUGGCAAUCUCUGGUUAUCAGUCUAGCAAGUAAUGAGGAGAUUACGACUCAACUCGACUUGACUCGAUUCUCAUCCCACACGGAGCUGACCUGUGAGGUCUGCGUUUGAUCAAGAAUGAUAGAGGAGAAUACAGCACGGAAUCGAAGAGCAAAACAGACUGACUAUUCAGAACCGCAACUAUGAUAUAUUAUGUGGUUGGCCAAAGACACCAUGAGCUGUCGCUGCACCGUCAACGUGUACGUACUGGAAUGGAGGGUCGACACGAGUAGCCAAAAGAGAGACGGAUGCCCCGAGAGGGAAAGGCGAGACAAGCUGAAGAGCAGUAUUAGGUCUCUGCCAAACUAAAAGGCCAGGCUGAGCUAACGGGGACGAGAAAUCAGUAAUGGCCGAAGAGAAUGAAAAGAACGGGGACCUGGGGGGGCCUAAACCUGGACCUUGACAAUAGACGAUGACAUGGGCCAGCAACCACUGACCAGGUACGCAAAAGAGAAAAUAUGUGAGCGAUAGGAAACGCAGCAAGGUGGGGACAAGAGUGGCCAAGGACCCUUUGUGUCUGGUCUGUCUUUAAAGAGGGAAGAGACAAUCAGAAAGGUGGGAAGCUGGACCGGGUUACGCUACCUGAAGGCAGACAUCCAGGAGCCGUGCUUCUGAUGAGUUUCUCAUCCCCUUCUUCGUAGACAUGAGCCGGUGAGUCAACAAGCUCAUCUUGGGUUGGUCUGACCAAGUUAUCAGAGCUGGGACGACAAUAAUGUAUGACGGACAGCAACAAGGGCUGUCAGCAGGAACAGGUACAGGUACAGGAACGCGGGAACUCAUAAUCCUGUGCGGGCCGUUUGGCGUCCAUCGAUCUGAAGAUCGGCAGCUUUGAGAGAAAUGGUGCGCCAGUGACGUCCCGUACGGUACUGGGAUGUUAGUGGAGGAGGAGGGCGGAAUACAGAGAGUCAAGACAUGAGAGAAUGAGAAAAGACGCGAUGAUCUAAAGUGGGAGCAGGGGUCUGCCGGGGGAGCGCAUUUGGGGCUGGGUGAGGCCUGGCCGGGCCAAGCCAGGCCAGCACAGCCAAAUAGCUCAGCCGACAGAGAAGAAAAAGGGUACAGAACGGAUUUCACUCCAUUUCUGCUUUGCUUCUUAGCCUCGAAGCUAUUUCGUUUUGCUGGUCAAUAAGCAGCGAAAACAAGAGCGAAAGCGGAACGGCGUCGGAGACGGAAACGGAGAUGGAAGACGAAAAGGCCCAAAAAAGACGACAUGACAGAAUACAAAGUGACCAUGCCUGCAACAGCUUAGGCAGAUCCCAGCGACUCCACCACUUUGCUUGGCACUCGCCGGCAGAUUGCCUGCCUUGUCAUUGCCAUUGUCAUGUGUGGGUGG